UAGGAGCGGAGAAGGCCGUCGUCCUCCUCGGCGUAACUCGUCUCUGCCCAAGGAAAGCAGAGAUAGAGCAAGCGGCGGACGGUGGUGCGAGAGAGGAGAGACUAGGGAGGAAUUUUGCUUGUAAUUCGCCCCUUUCUCUGCUUUUCUUUUUCCCCGCUAUUUUUGGGGAAGUAUACUAUGAGCGUUGGGCUUUAGGGGACUGGUGAAGCCUUCAGAUUUCCGACUCAAAACGCAGGAGGGAGUCAAUUAAGCGAGACGAUGGGGAACGAUAAAGGGAUAUCGCUGGAGGAGAUCAAGAAUGAGAACGUCGAUUUGGAACGUAUUCCGAUCGAAGAAGUCUUCGAGCAGCUCAAAUGCACCAAGGAAGGUCUGUCAUCGGACGAAGGAGCCAACAGGCUCCAAAUAUUUGGACCGAACAAGCUAGAAGAGAAAAAGGAGAGCAAGAUUCUCAAAUUCUUAGGAUUCAUGUGGAACCCGCUUUCUUGGGUUAUGGAGAGUGCAGCGGUGAUGGCAAUCGCGUUAGCAAACGGAGGGGGGAAGCCCCCAGAUUGGCAAGACUUCGUCGGAAUUGUGGUUUUGCUGGUUAUCAAUUCCACAAUCAGUUUUAUUGAAGAGAAUAACGCCGGCAAUGCGGCUGCUGCACUGAUGGCAGGUCUCGCUCCGAAAACAAAGGUCCUUAGAGAUGGAAGGUGGAGCGAGCAAGAUGCUGCAAUCCUUGUUCCAGGAGAUAUCAUUAGCAUCAAACUUGGGGACAUUGUUCCUGCUGAUGCCCGUCUGCUAGAAGGAGACCCGUUAAAGAUUGAUCAAUCUGCUUUAACUGGUGAAUCGUUGCCUGUUACAAAAAAUCCUGGAGAUGAGGUGUUUUCUGGUUCUACUUGCAAGCAAGGUGAGAUUGAAGCUGUUGUCAUUGCAACCGGGGUACAUACCUUCUUUGGAAAAGCAGCUCAUUUGGUUGACAGCACCAAUCAAGUUGGGCACUUUCAAAAGGUCCUUACAGCCAUCGGUAACUUUUGCAUCUGCUCCAUUGCUGUUGGAAUGGUUGUGGAAAUCAUCGUGAUGUAUCCAAUUCAACGCCGGAGAUACAGAGAUGGUAUUGAUAAUCUGUUAGUUCUCUUGAUUGGUGGUAUACCCAUUGCAAUGCCUACAGUUCUCUCUGUGACUAUGGCAAUCGGUUCACAUAGACUGUCCGAACAGGGGGCCAUCACGAAAAGAAUGACUGCCAUUGAGGAGAUGGCUGGCAUGGAUGUGCUAUGCAGUGACAAGACAGGGACGUUAACUCUUAAUAAACUUAGCAUAGACAAAAAUCUUAUCGAGGUGUUUACAAAAGGUGUCGACAAGGAGUACGCCGUUUUGCUUGCAGCUAGAGCAUCAAGAACUGAAAACCAGGACGCCAUUGAUGCUGCCAUGGUUGGAAUGUUAGCAGACCCAAAAGAGGCACGAGCAGGAAUAAGGGAGGUUCAUUUCCUGCCAUUCAACCCUGUGGACAAGAGAACAGCUCUCACUUAUAUUGAAGCAGAUGGAAGCUGGCACCGUGCUAGCAAAGGUGCUCCUGAACAGAUACUGACUCUUUGCAAUUGCAAGGAGGAUGUUAGGCGCAAGGUGCAUUCUGUGAUUGACAAGUUUGCAGAACGUGGCCUUCGCUCUUUGGCUGUAGCAAGACAGGAGGUUCCCGAAAGAAACAAAGAGUCUGCUGGUGGACCAUGGCAGUUUGUAGGGUUAUUGCCAUUGUUUGAUCCACCAAGACAUGACAGUGCAGAAACCAUCCGUAGAGCUCUCAAUCUUGGUGUGAACGUGAAGAUGAUCACUGGUGAUCAGCUUGCUAUUGCUAAGGAAACAGGAAGAAGGCUUGGAAUGGGAACAAACAUGUACCCUUCCUCAUCUUUGCUUGGUCAGAAUAAAGAUGCUUCCAUCGAAGCACUACCUGUUGAUGAGCUGAUUGAAAAGGCUGAUGGUUUUGCUGGAGUUUUUCCAGAGCACAAGUAUGAAAUCGUAAAAAAAUUGCAAGAGAAGAAGCACAUUUGUGGAAUGACUGGAGAUGGAGUGAAUGAUGCUCCUGCCUUGAAGAAGGCAGAUAUUGGAAUUGCUGUUGCCGAUGCUACUGAUGCAGCCAGGGGUGCGUCGGAUAUUGUUCUCACUGAACCUGGUCUUAGUGUCAUUAUCAGUGCUGUAUUGACCAGCAGAGCUAUCUUUCAGAGGAUGAAGAACUAUACGAUAUAUGCUGUCUCCAUCACAAUACGUAUUGUUCUGGGUUUCAUGCUUAUUGCACUGAUUUGGAAAUUCGACUUCUCCCCCUUCAUGGUCCUGAUCAUUGCCAUUCUAAAUGAUGGAACCAUCAUGACGAUAUCGAAAGAUCGUGUCAAACCAUCUCCUCUACCUGAUAGCUGGAAGCUGAAGGAAAUUUUUGCUACUGGUGUGGUCCUUGGUGGUUACUUGGGUCUGAUGACUGUGAUAUUUUUCUGGGCUAUGCAUGACACAGAUUUUUUCCCGGAUAAAUUUGGUGUGAGAUCGAUAAGACACAGCAGUGAUGAAAUGAUGGCUGCAUUGUAUCUACAAGUCAGUAUUGUCAGCCAAGCCCUCAUCUUUGUCACCCGUUCUCGCAGCUGGUCCUUUAUAGAAAGACCUGGUCUCCUUCUCAUGAGCGCCUUUGUGAUUGCACAACUGGUGGCUACUCUCAUUGCUGUCUAUGCACACUGGGGCUUUGCAAGGAUUAAAGGAUGCGGAUGGGGAUGGGCUGGUGUCAUCUGGCUGUACAGUGUUGUCUUUUAUUUUCCUCUUGAUUGGAUCAAAUUCGCUGUACGCUAUGUUCUCAGCGGAAAGGCAUGGGACAACCUGCUCCAAAACAAGACUGCAUUCACCACCAAGAAGGAUUACGGAAAAGAGGAAAGAGAAGCUCAAUGGGCUCUUGCUCAACGAACGCUGCAUGGGCUUAAACCUCCAGAGUCUGCCCUGUUCAAUGAGAAGAGCAGUUACAGGGAGCUGUCCGAGAUUGCUGAACAGGCCAAGAGGCGUGCAGAAGUUGCAAGACUUCGUGAGCUUCACACCCUCAAGGGACACGUGGAGUCGGUGGUGAAGCUGAAGGGCUUGGACAUUGAUAACAUGCAGCAGCACUAUACCGUGUAGGGUUCGACAACGUGUUUUUUUUUUUUGAAGAGGUGAUGCGAUAAAGAGCUUGGUAUCGACGGACCAUUGGCUAACACCUAUUUUUGCUUUCCUUUUGUCCCGUUCCUACUACUGUAACCUCUACAUGUUCCGAAUUUUGGUGCAACCUUUGAGCUCCAUACCAAAUAUUUGGAAUAAGAGUUGUCGAAAGUAAUUUAAACCAGAAUUAAAUUUCUCAAGUA